AGGAGAAUGCAAAAAAUGGAGCCACCAGGAAGGAGGAAAAGAGGAAGGCCUGGGAGGAGGUUUAUGGAUGUGACAAGCAACAUGGCGAGCACCGAGUUGAAACACGAGAUUUCACCAGAGGAUGAAAUUCUCAGUGCUGUAGAAAUGAAUGAAGAAACAUCCAAACCCCAAACACAAAAGAUUAGAGAGACUCCAGAAGACAUCAAACAAGAGGCCAUUGUUAACACGCUGGCAUUUCAUCCUAAAGAAGACAUCCUUGCUGCUGGAGAUGUGGAUGGCGACAUAUAUUUAUACAGAUACUCUUGCAAUGAUGGGGAGAACAAAGAGCUAUGGUCAUCUGGGCAUCACCUGAAAUCCUGCAGAAAAAUUGCUUUCUCAAAUGAUGGAGAAAAAUUAUUUAGUGUGUCCAAAGACAAGGCUGUUCACAUCAUGGAUGUUGUGGCUGGAAAACUUGUUAAGCGUAUUCCUAAAGCUCACAGCAAGUCUAUCAAUGCCUUGCUGUUAGUUAAUGAAAAUAUGAUUGCCACUGGAGAUGAUGAGGGCACACUGAAAGUGUGGGAUAUGAGACAAGGCACUUCUUUCAUGUCAAUAAAACAACAUGAAGACUACAUCAGUGACAUAGCUGUUGAUCCAGCGAAGAAGACUUUACUAUCUUCCAGUGGUGAUGGAACUCUGGGUGUGGUAAAUUUAAAGAGAAGACGAUCUGAACUGCUCUCUGAAAUCCAGGAUGGUGAUCUCACUUCUAUAUCCAUUAUGAAGCAUGGUCGAAAAGUGGUGUGUGGCUCCAGCGAAGGGAUGCUCUACAUCUUUAACUGGAACGGAUUUGGGGCAACUAGUGAUCGAUUUGCCCUUCAGGCAGAGUCUGUAGACUGCAUUAUACCGAUUACAGAAAAUAUUUUGUGUACUGCCUCUAUGGAUGGAGUCAUCAGAGCUGUCAAUAUCUUGCCUAAUCGGGUUGUUGGCAGUGUGGGGCAGCAUAUCGGGGAACCCAUUGAGGAAAUUGCUUGCUCAUGGGACAAACACUUUCUUGCCAGCUGUGGUCAUGACCAACUCAUCAAAUUCUGGGACAUUUCAGGACUCUCUGCAAUGAGGGUCAGCGAUUACCGACAGCAGAAGAAAAAAGAUGGCCAUCUCAAGGCUCUUAGUAGUAAAGCAUUUGAAAGAGCAGGGGACUUUUUCUCUGGACUACUUGACAUGAAUGAGGUGGACAGAACAACAGAAGAGGUGGAGGACAGUGAUGAAGUGGAAGAUUGAAGCAGUGAAAUUGUUUGUUUGUUUAAUUUGCUAUUAAUUGAAUUAUCCAAAUAGUUUUCAUUUA